UUUUUUAAUAGCACAAGAACUAAGACCAGAUAUAGCACAAACACUGCGUGACGAGGUUGUGUUACGAGUUUGAGGUCACUUACCUAUAGACGGUACAAAACAUGUUACGUGCGCUGCUAAUAUUAGUAGCGAUAUCAAGCACCACUACAGCACCAGCAUACGAUCGCAGCAAAGACGCUCAAGAUGAGAUUAUUGAUUAUGUUUACGAAAACACAGGACAGGGAGGCUACUUCUUCAGAUAUGUAACUAAAAAUGGCUUGAUGAGAGAAGAAAAUGGUUAUCAAGUGAAUGUAGGCGAGCCUGACCAACAUAUUGUAGUGAACGGGGAAUAUUCAUACAGAGACCCUGAGGGCAAUUUACACAUCAUCAGAUACACUGCAGAUGAGAAUGGAUAUAAACCUGAAUUUGAAGAUGAAGUCCCUGCUACUGCUGUUGAGGCUAUAUCUCUGCCAGGUCCAUUAGUGGCAACGCUGUUAGGUGGAUGAUGAAAAGACGAUCAAAAUGGGAGUAAAAUGGAUGACUGGUUUAACAGUAUUGUAAUAUUUGAACACAGUGAUAAUUUUGGUAUUGUAUUUGUACUAAAUAAAAAUCUUCUGUCAGAAUUAACUGAUAUUGCUAAAGUUGCCACUAAAUUGAAAAUGUAUUUUUUUUUUUUAAUUAAAGUAUGAGCUAUUUUAUUAAAUGUAUUUAUAUUACCAA